AGCAGGAUGUUAACAUUGUCACUAGCUGCUCUCCAACUUCGGAUCUUGUUUUCUCCCUAACGCCCAUUCCAAAUGCUCGUCCGUCGUCUGCGCUCUACACUUCUGACACUCUCCCGUCGAUGGCAGACGACAGCGAGCAACACUGCCAUCGAGUCCCCAUCUGCGAGCGGUCACUCCUCAUCAGUCGCAUCUUCUCAGCUUUUCCGUAUAACACGAGAAUCUGCUCUCAGAACUCCAGGAAUAUCAUGGCAAGAUGAGGAAUCUGAUCGUAACAUCGUCGGCGGCCGCGAGACACGCAAGAUGAACCUCUACCAGGCUGUGCGAGAUGCCCUCAGUAUUGCACUUGCAAAGGAUGAUAGUGCCGUCGUGUUUGGUGAGGACAUAGCGUUUGGCGGAGUGUUCAGGUGUACCAUGGGCCUAGCAGAAGAAUUCGGUCGCGAACGUGUCUUCAAUACCCCAUUGACAGAACAAGGUAUUGCAGGCUUUGGAAUUGGUCUCGCGUCCAUGGGGCAUACUGCAAUUGCAGAAAUCCAGUUCGCUGACUAUAUAUUCCCCGCAUUUGAUCAGCUCGUGAACGAAGCCGCAAAGUUUCGCUACCGUUCGGGUGGACACUUCUCUAUUGGCGGGCUAACCGUGCGUGCACCGACAAUGGCCGUGGGCCAUGGCGGGCUAUACCACUCACAGAGCCCUGAAGGGUUCUUCAUGGGCGCAUCUGGUCUCAAGGUCGUAAUCCCCCGCUCCCCCAUUCAAUGCAAAGGCCUCCUCCUCUCAGCCAUCCGCGAUCCCAACCCAGUCAUCUUCAUGGAGCCCAAAAUUCUCUAUCGUUCUGCAGUUGAACAAGUUCCAAUCGACGACUUCGCCCUCCCCCUCUCCCGCGCCGAAAUCCUCAUCCCAGGAUCCGAUCUAACACUCCUAACAUGGGGCACACCAGUCUACCACUGCGAAUACGCCCUCCGUCUCCUCAACUCCCCACCACCCUCACUUGCACCACUCAUUCCACCCUCCCUUCGCAGCGCCAAAGUUGAGCUCAUCGAUCUGCGAACGAUAUUGCCAUGGGACAUAGAGACAGUCGUAGAGAGUGUUCGCAGGACGAAGAGGCUUGUAAUCGUACACGAGGCAGGUAUGACAGGUGGCGUUGGGGGAGAAAUCGCUGCUGAGGUAGGGAAGAGGGCAUUUUUGAGGUUGGAAGCGCCCGUGAGGAGGAUUACGGGGUGGGAUGUCCCAGCUGGGCUGCAGUUUGAGAAGUUCAAUAUGCCGGAUGCGGUUAGGAUUUUGGAUGGGAUUAUGGAGACGCUCAGUUACUGAUUUAAUUGCUGAUUUGCACCGUUCCUCAAGUUGACUUUGCGCCUACGGUGUGGCAUAAGAUGGGAAAUGGACAUUCAAUGACGUAGUACAUUAGCAUGCACGUAUACCCUGUAUGAGUGUAAUACCAACAUGUUUUGGGAUGCGGAA